AUGUUCGUUCCUGCCACCAGGUGUACCCAACAACAGACUUCUUCCGACGUAUUUUCGAGAAAUACACGUGUUGUGGACCAGAUAUUUAUUUUGUGUUUUCCAAACUCGGCAACAUUUCGCGUGUUGGUGAAGUGUUUUCCCCAGAAGAUAACCACAAUGGCAAAGUGGGGUGAAGGAGAUCCUCGUUGGAUUGUAGAAGAACGACCGGACGCUACGAAUGUCAACAACUGGCAUUGGGUGGAGAAAGAUGCCACAGGUUGGUCAAAAGAAAAACUGAAAGAAUUGCUGCUGGGCCUGGUGGUGGAAGAUGAAACUGCAUUCUGUGAAAUAAAGGAAACAUCGAAGCUAGAGGGAGAAGCCUCUGCUAACAACAGAAAAGCAAAACUGAUAUUUUUCUAUGAAUGGGUGAUAAAGCUCGAUUGGUCAGGUCAUUUAAAGGCAGUUGGAGAUCAGUCCCAGGGGAAAAAGGUGAAAGGAAAACUAGAAAUACUUAAUCUCAGUGAAGAACAUGACCCAGAGCAUGUGGAUAUUGAAGUAACAACAGAUAAGAACACAGAUGAAGCUUACAAGGUGAAGGAAGUGAUGAGGAAGUGUGGCACUGAUGUUAUACGCAAGCAGCUAAAACAAUAUGUCAAGGAAUUAAGAGAAAGAUACAGCCAAGGGAUAAUUCUGCCAACAAAGGAUGGAAAAUCAGCAGCAAAAGAGGAACCAAAGAGUUCCACAGUAAACAAAGCCAAACAAGAGAUGAAUAAGGUGAUAAAUGGCAGCAGUAUUUCACAGUCUUUGUCACUAGGGGUCAAAAUCAGAACAAAGAAGCUGGAGACAAAGGAAAUGUUUGAGUGUCGACCAACAGAUGUAUAUAGAGCGUUGACGGAUCUACAAAUGGUAAAGGCCUACUGUGGGGGAGAGAGUACAAUAGAAGCUGAGAAAGGAGGCAGGUUCUCGUUAUUUAGUGGAAAUAUUACUGGAGAAUUCGUAGAAUUGGUUCCUGAGGAGAAAAUUGUAACAAGAUGGCGGUGCAAAUCCUGGCCAGAGGAACAUUAUUCUGACGUGAAAAUCCAUCUCCACGACAAGGACGGCUCAACAGAACUGUCGCUGUCACAAACUGGAAUUCCAGAGAGCGAGUAUGAAAAGACGUUGAUUGGCUGGAAACAGAACUAUUGGGAGCGUAUGAAAAGCUGUUUUGGAUUUGGAGCACGUUUGUUUUGAUACAUUCGCAAAAUAACAGACCAAAGUUAGCACUGAAUCAUAACCAAUCAUCCAGAAUCCCAUUGCCCUUGCAUUUGUAUCGGAG